AUGCACAAGGCCUACGAGAUCCUCAUCACGUUACUCAAGUUUGACGUGUUCUUUUUCGUGGGCUUUGCGACCCAGAUGUUCGCGCUCGUUGGAACGACAGACCACACGUAUAUUGGUACUAUCGGCGGCCGCCAAGUGUUUCGCCAGCACUUGUUGGUCAGCCUCUCUAUCCCCGCGUCCAUUAUUCUCUUGGCCUUAGCCUUCUUUGGCGUCAUGAAAGAGAAGAAAAUCGUCUCCAUCUUUGUCAUUAUCUGCCUCGCGGCUGCCGAGCCCUACUUUAUCUAUCAGCUCGUGUAUCUCCAUUUGCCUCGGAAUCAGGACAAGUUCCAGGCCUCGCGCAAGUACCUCACCUUCUUCAUCUCGGUGACACUGGUGCUGGUGUUGAUCACCCUGUUCUUUAUGAUAUACUGCUACCGGAAUUACGGUAAGGGUCUAUUGAUCUCCGAGAAGAGCAGGAUCAUCACGCCCAAGAAGCCUUUCGAAAUCGACGAGGAUCCUAUCGAGUCUGAGCCUUCAAUCCCCAUGGAAUACAACCAUGGCGACGACGGAGCCACCCAGAAUCUGAUGGCCUACCCUGCGCUCAAGAAAAUCCAGGAUACCUAUCACAUCAAGCCCAACUCUGAUCACUCGUCUACGACCUCUCAACCCCCACGAAAAGCCGGUUCUCCUCGGAAUGAACGGUCGUACGAUGACAAGAUGGAGAUCGAGUAG